AGCUCAGGUUCAACGAAGAAUGCAGCCAUUUGAGCGAUCGACUGGGUCUAAAACUUGGUACUUCAGCGUUCGUUGAAGUCCGAGAACUCUCGUGGCAUGUUUCUACCCAUUGAGUAGAUUGAGACAUCAAAUCGACAGCAGGAUCCUCGGACAGAGACACCCCCGAACUUGGCAUGUACAUACAUGUACAAUGCCCAAGAAGCCCACACAGUUCGAUCCGGUCACAGAAGAUCUGUCUACGUACAUGUAGAUUUUGUUACAUUAUUAGGUAAUUUGCUAUUUUGCUGGCGUUUAUCGUCGUUGUAUUGGGCGGCCGCUUUUUACGAAAUCUCGGGCAUCUCCGUUCCAUCCAUCUCCAAUAACCUUUGGCGGAGAACUCGUCGGUUUACAUGCACAAUGACGUCCGCGCUCAAUAUUGUAUUCUUCGAAACGGUGAGGCAGUCAACCUUGCGUCACCAUCUUCACCUUUCUCCUCACAAAUGAGAUAAACAAUCAGAGCAAUACGUUAAGACGGACAACCGCGGUCUUUUAAUCCUUAUUUUGACUCCCUCAUACCAUGCAGAACUUUUGACGUCCCGGAUCUGGUGCACUAUG